AUGACAGAUGAGACCACAGAUUUGCCUGUUAACAAACAACUUCCAAUUUGCAUAGGGCAAACCAACACCAAAGACUGCAAGAUUGAAGAAGAUUUCAUCAAGUUUGAAGAAGUGGUGGAUCUCAGUGGUGAAAAUUUGGCUCACAUAAUUUUAGAAGAGCUAGGUAAAAUUGGCCUUGAUUCGGAUAAUUGUCAAGCUUUUGAUGGAUCCUCCAAUAUGAGUGGUAUAUUUAAGGGUGUGCAAGCCCGCAUUUCCCAGACUCAGCCUCUUGAAAUCCACAGCCACUGUUCCAACCAUAGGCUGAACUUGGCUAUAAGCAAGGCUUGUUCUGUUACUAGCAAAUUUUUCCCCGACUCCGCUGCAAGAUUUAAACUUUUGGAAGAAUGCGGGAAAAUCAUGCCCUCAAGCCAGAAAACUGUGUAA